CCUGAUGGCGGCGAGUUCCGUGUUUACACCCGAGAGGACGGCGAGCAGAGCGCGGUGUCACUGAGCGAGAGGGCAACGUCGACACAAGCGGGGGGGAAGAAGAAGAAGAAGAAGAGGAGGGAGAGAAGAAGAGGAGGAGGAAAGGAAGAGAGAAAGAUGCAUUUGGCGGCUUGAGAACGGCUCGCUCCCAGAAUUAAAUCAAGGAAGGCGCAAGGGGCGGCAGGCAGGCGGCGAAGACGACGGGCGCUUGUGUGUUGGCCGCCCGCGGAACGGGAUGUUUUCCAGAAAGCCUCAUGGAGACGUCAAGAAAUCUACACAGAAAGUUCUGGACCCAAAGAAGGACGUGCUGACCCGCCUCAAGCACCUGAGGGCUCUGCUAGAUAUUUUGGAAAGAAGUGAACUGAAGCAGUUCUUCGAAAUCAACUACUCUCAGAUUUAUUUUAUAUUCUUUGAAAACCUGUGCACACUGGAAAGUAGUUUAAAACAAAAAGGGAAUAAGUCACAGAGGGAGGAGCUGGACUCCAUUCUCUUUGUAUUUGAGAAAAUACUUCAACUUCUUCCUGAGAAGAUCAACAAUAGAUGGCAAUUUCACAGUAUAGGCUCAAUUUUGAAGAAACUUCUGCACACUGGAAAUUCUGUUAAGAUAAGAUGUGAAGGAAUUCGCCUCUACCUACUUUGGCUUCAAGCACUGCAAGAGAACUCUUCUGAUGAACAGCUGACAUUGUUUGCGUGUCUUGUUCCUGGUUUCCCAGCUGUUUCAUCGCAAAUUGGUCCAUGUACUUUAGAUACUCUUAUAAAUCCUUCUUACAAUAUAUCUGAUGUAAAAAUUGCUGCAGAAGAUAUUACUCCCCUGUUACCUUCGGUUUUGGGAGAAAAGAUAUCGGAAGACCAGACUUCAUAUAUACUUCAAAUUGUUUUGAAGUACAUGGUCAUUCAGGCCGCAAGCUUGGAAUGGAAGAAUAAGGAAAAACAAGAAAGUGGUUUCAAAUUUCUUUUUGCCUUAUUUAAGAAAUUCUACCUUUCCCAUUUAUUUCCGUCCUUCACAAAAUUUACCAAUCUUUACAAUCCUGUACUUGAAAUUCCUCAAAUGAGGCCAAGACCACUGUAUAUUAAUAUAACACGAAACAAUGAAAGCAUUUACAGCACACGGGACCAGUACUUGGCAGCUCGGGUGGCAUUUAUUAAGUGGCUUGUGACCUUUUUUCUGGAAAAGAAAUACACUGCUUCAAGUCAAAACACUAAGAAUGGUGGAGAAGUGCUGCCAAAAAUUAUCCAGCAGUCAGUGACUGCCAACCCAUCAGGUCAAGAGAAAGCCACUGAAUUGGAAACAAAUGGAUCCACUGAACAGGAUCGAUCUCACUCCAAUAGCAGUACACUAUCUGACAGAAGACUCAGUUGUUCCAGUACUUGUAGCAUUGAAGAGGAACAUCGGUCAGUUUAUGAUAUGGUUCAGCGAGUACUACUUUCAUCUCAAGCAAAUGUGAAUUUUAUCAAUGAAGUUUUUCACCAGGGGUUUUUGCUACCUUCUUGUGAAGCAUCAGCAAUAAAAAAAGUUGUGAGGGUUUAUCGGAAAUGGAUCUUGCAAGAAAACAAACCUCCAUUCAUGGCAGAGCCAGAAAUCAUUGACACCGACGAAGAUACAGUCGACCAUUCGGAGCAGCAUUCUUUAACACUGACAGAUAAAGAAGAGUCCAUUCAACACUCAAAACACAGACGCACAUCCAGCUGGGGGAGAACAUAUUCAUUUACAAAUGCUAUCAACCGUGGCUGUAUAUUUGAAGAGGAAAAUGGAAAUGUUCAGGCUGGUAUUCAGUCAACAUUGCAGGUUUUUUUGACAAAUUCUUCAAAUGUAUUCCUGUUGGAACCCUGCAUUGAUGUCUCAAAGAUCCUAGAUGAACAGAUUGACGUGUGCAGGGCAGUCCUGAGUAUUUAUAGGCACAUGAUCAUGGAAUUAACCAUGAGUAGAAAGACGUGGGAACAACUUUUACGUGUUUUGCUCAAGAUCACUGAAACAAUUAUGCAAAAGCAGCAGGAUUUGCACAAACGGGAUAUUUUUGCAGAAAGUAUGGCUGAACUACUUUUUCGGACCCUUAUUGUUGCUUGGAUCCGGGCUAAUUUGAGUGUGUACAUUUCAAGAGAGCUAUGGGACGAACUACUGUCGGUGCUAUCAUCUCUGACCAUGUGGAAUGAACUGAUCACUGAGUGGGCAAAGAUCAUGGAUUCUCUCACUGUGGUGUUAGCAAGAUGUGUUUAUGGGUUAGAUAUGAAUAAUUUGCCACUGGAUAAGCUGAGCGAACAAAAAGAGAAAAAACAACGAGGAAAAGGUAUAUAUCAAGAUCUUAGUAAGGUAACUGGAGUAGGUAGGUCCUUUUCUCUAAGUUGGAGAAAUCAAGCUGAUGGCACACAAGAACAUAUGCGAUUUAGAAGUGCAACUACCUCUGGUGCUCCAGGUGUUGAAAAAGCCAGAAAUAUUGUCCGUCAAAAAGCAACAGCUAAGCGAAGUCAAUCUAUCAGCAACUGUGUGCAUCUUUGUGAUGCUUUGCCAAGCACCAAAAGUGUGCCUCUGCUGCUUCAUACUGUGAGCUCUCUUUUACCUGGCAUCACUCAUGUCUCUUCCUCUCAGAAACUGUCAGAAGAUGAAGAGCCCCCGCAAACAGACUGUUUAUCAGAUGCAGACGAAAUGAUGACUGGCACAACAGUAGAACAAGAACAACAACAACAACAACUCACCCAUAGCAGCAGUACGUCUGAUAUUGCUGAACAGCUAUAUGCUGAUCAGAUGCAAGAACAAAGAGGGGAGCACUCAUCUAGCUUCACUAAUUCUGAUUCAAAGAUUACUGUUGCUGAACGCAGAAGGUCUGGAGGGAAAGAGAAUGAGGCUCCAAUUAUCACAAUAUGUAGAAGCAGCAGCCCAGGUGAUGUCGAAAGUAAUCCAGAUGAACUUCAGACAUCUCAAGAAAGAUUCAAAUUGAGAGCAAAAAGUGAGAGUAUUAGUAGUGAAACAUCCAAUGGUUUUAAUAAUUUCAAUGAAACGGAGAUUUCCUUAACUCAGUGGAAGACAUUUGAUGAAGGAUCAGAUAUCGGUGUGGCAGAUGUUGCUAUUGAUGCAGAUACAACUUACAGUUGGCAGAAGAUGAAUUAUUCCAAAGCUACCAUUCUUGCAGGAUUAGGCACUACACUUCCAACAUGUGUAGAGCCACAUCUUCCCAGCAUUUCUUCAGCUUACUCCAUACAACCUGAACCUAAAGAUUUAGCCACAUUGGAUGAGAAACUGCAAAUUCCUGAUGAUCUGGGGAGUGGUGAAUACCUUGCAGAUGAGUGCAGUAUUAUUGCUGGAGGAAACCUCAUUGGUUGGCACGCUGAUGCAGCCGCCGUGCUCUGGAGAAGAAUUUUGGGCAUUUUGGGCGAUGUCAAUGGCAUCCGCAGCCCUAAAAUCCAUGCCAUGGUUUUUCAAUAUUUAAAUGACCUCUGGCACAAAUUAGCCAAGAUUCGAGACAACCUUGGUGUCAGUUUAGAUAAUCAGGUUUCACCACAAUCUCCACUUCUGAGUCCACCCCUUCGUAUGUUUAUGUCCUGGUUAUUUAAGGCAACAACUUUGCCCAAUGAAUACAAAGAAGGGAAACUACACGCAUACAAGCUAAUCUGUGACAUUAUGACAAAACGCCAAGAUGUCUUGCCAAACACUGAUUUCCUCGUGUACUUUUAUCAUGUGAUUCACAGAGGCAUUGUAUGUGAAGAUCAGGACGUGCUGAAUAUACUUACUAAGCAUUGUUCCCCUCGCUUCUUCUUACUUGGUUUACCUGGUUUCACCAUGAUGAUAGGAGAUUUCAUCACAGUUGCCACCCAAGUCCUCAACUCAGACAUGCCAGAUGCACCGCGUUGUGAAGCUCAAAUUCUUCUUGGAUCCCUGGUUUGUUUUCCCAAUCUGUACCAACAGAUGUCACUGCUACAGCCUGUUAGUGGCGCCACUGACAUUAUCACAGGGAAUGAAGAUAUCAAGGAUUAUUUGGUAAAUAUUCUGAUGAAAAAUGCAAGGAAUGAAACUUGUGAAACUGCACGCUGCAUCGCAAUGUGUAGUCUUGGAAUUUGGAUUAGUGAAGAACUGGUGCAGUGCACAAACCAUGGUCAGGUCCAAGAUGCACUCAAUGUAUUAGGUGUGACGCUUAAGUUUUCCAACAAAGUGGUUGCUGAAGUGGCUUGUGACAUGCUGAAGCUGUUGGUUACACAUAUGGAAAAGCUUAAGAAGUAUGAAUCGCAGCUCCCCAAAAAAGUUGCUGAGAUUCUCGUUGCCACGAUUGCAUUUCUCCUGCCCAGUGCAGAACACUCAUCUGUUGAUGCAGAUAAAAGGUUAAUAGUAUCUCUACUGCUUUGUCUCUUGGAUUGGUGUAUGGCAAUGUCUGUUGAUGCCUUGUUGGAACCUAUUAGUGCAACUUUGAUGGAAGACCAAUUGGCACGCCGAGCACCAUUAUUAGACUAUAUCUACAGGGUAUUACACUCCUGUGUUUAUGGCUCUCACCACUACACCCAACAAAGUCAAUACCUCCUGACUCUUGCUGAUGUCUCCUCUACAGAAUAUGAUCCAUUUUUGACAUUGGGGAAUGUAAAAAAUUCUGAACCAGCACAUUCAUAUGGCUCAAAGGACAUUGGCAGCCUCCUUACUGUCACUGAAAAUAAGAAGAGAAGAAGUUUGGAGUUGAUCCCUCUUACAGCGCGUAUGGUAAUGACGCAUCUGAUCAACCAUUUGGAUCACUAUCCACUCAGAGGAGGUCCUGCCAUACUUCAUAGCCUCAUCAGUGAGAACCAUGACAACCCAUAUGUUGAAUCAUCAGACCUGUCUUCUGAGGUGUUCAAAAGCCCAAAUUUGCAACUUUUUGUCCUGAAUGACAGCACCCUAAUUUCUUACCUUCAAAUUCCUGCUGAAAAAGUAAUGUUAGAAAGGACGUCUGGUAGUGAGCCAAGCCUUCCUGCGUCCGAUGUGAGGGUAAUUGUGCGUGAUAUCUCCGGAAGGUAUUCUUGGGAUGGUCGGAUCCUAUAUUGUCCGUUCAGCAAUCCGAUGUCCUGCUCGAAAGACUAUAGGACGUCCCCACCUACGAAUGUUAAGUUUGUGGUUGAUGGUCUGUCUGACGUGCAGAAUCCCGACUGCAAUACUUGUCAAACGGAGCAAGAUGAUCUUGAUCAGCUGCUUGAAAACUUGGUCAACACCAGUCCAGAAUGCUUGCCACAUCCUUGGCUGGGACUCAGUGAGCCAGCACCACCACCCGUAGGAAUGAACCAUGAUCAAGAAAGGAACAUAAUGGAUGCCAUAUUGGGACAGAGCAAUCAGGAGGAGGAAUACAUUCAGAGGUGGAGCAAGGAUCAUUGUAUGAGUGUGGCCAGUCAAAAAGAAUCUACUCAUCAUGAACCUCAGGCACCCUUUUACUACUGUAGACUGUUUCUUAAUGACAUGGGAAUGAAUUCUUGGGACCGAAGGAAUAGUUUCCAUCUCCUGAAGAAAAACUCAAAGCUACUAAGGGAACUAAAAUAUUUGGAUUCAAGGCAGUGUCGGGAAACCCAUAAAAUUGCAGUGUUUUACAUCAUGGAAGGACAGGAAGACAAGUGCUCAAUUCUUACAAACACUGGAGGAAGCCAAGCCUAUGAAAAUUUUGUCUCUGGGCUAGGCUGGGAGAUUGACCUGUCUACACAUUGUGGUUUUAUGGGUGGUCUGCAACGUAAUGGAAGUACGGGUCAAACUGCACCUUACUAUGCUACCUCUACAGUGGAAGUCAUUUUCCAUGUUUCAACAAGAAUGCCGUCUGAUUCUGAUGAUUCGAUAACUAAAAAGCUUCGUCACUUGGGAAAUGACGAGGUUCACAUCAUAUGGUCAGAGCACACAAGGGACUAUCGCAGGGGAAUCAUUCCUACGGAUUUUGGUGAUGUCUUAAUCGUCAUCUAUCCUAUGAAAAAUUGCAUGUUCUACAUUCAAAUUUUAAAGAAACCAGAAGUCCCAUUUUUUGGUCCCCUCUUUGAUGGAGCCAUUGUAAAUGAAAAGCUUCUGCCAAGUCUCGUUCGUGCGACAGGCAUCAAUGCAAGCCGAGCUGUGAAGUGUCUCAUACCCCUUUACCAGAGCUUUUAUGAAGAAAGAGCUCAAUAUGUUGAAGCAAUAGUCCAGCAACAUAAAGAGAUGAUGCCAUUUGAAGAUUUUGCAGCCCAAGUCUUCGCUCCCUCCCCAAGCUACUCCUUCAGUAACAUGGAUUUAAAUAUUUAAAGGUCUGAUUACAGUUAUUGCUCAAGGUUAUUUCUGAUGGAAGUCAAAGCACUGAUGUGGGAACUGGACCAGCAGAUCACCUGCCCCCAACACUGCCACACACCACACAAAACGGAGUCACUGGGGAAUCUUGCUGUUCUGCCAGUUCACCUAAUAACCAUUCAAACUGAGGAAUUUUGCAGUGACAAGUUGCAAGCUGAGACUUGCUUUUCCACCUCUUCAUUUUUCUACCAUUUUACAGUGCUGAGAAUGACAUUCAUUUUAGAUAUGAUUUGAACCUGCUUUCUUUCUUUGAUAUCAAAUUGAACCAGAGAAACCAGUGCAGUUUCUACAGCCUCGGUUGUCAUUGGAUUCCCAGAUAAUACGCCAAUAAUAUUAAGUUGUUGUGUUAGAAGAGUGACAUGUCAGUCUCUCUGCCUCUCAUGGGAUUAAUGUCAUGCCCAUGCUAUAAUAAUAUUAACAUAUCACAUUAUCGUAUCACUUGCCAUGUACAGUCAUUGCUGGCUACAUGAAAAGACUAUGUGAUAACAAGCAUACUCAUAGAGUCCAACACAAUCUGGUAUUAUAAUUAGGGCAACUCAAAGAGACUGAAAAUAGAUUCAGCAUACCUGUAUGGUUGUGGCGCUCGGAUAUAUCAAUACCAAACACUCCAAAAUAUAUUAAAAUCUUGGCCCUUCAGUGUUUCUAAUUGAUAUUAUACCACUUUUGGGAAAGGGAGUUAAUUCCUCAAUGGUAGACUUGUACGUAAUUGUUACUAGGAAGCUUAACAGGAUAUUAAAAGACAGAUGUAAUUUCCUGGUAUUAAAUUUGUGCUGUGCAAUAUGUGCAUAUAAGGAUGUUUACCAUAGCACCUCUUUUGGCUAAGUAUUACCUACCUGCCCUCUAUCCAUUAUCUGCCUCCUUUCUUGCAUUCCUUUUUAUUCAUUUCCUAAAAUGUGACUGCUGCAAUAACCAAGUACAGGAAAGUGAAUUGGAAGUUAAGAGAAGCUCUGCUGCUGAGGACUGGAACAUUAAGUGAAGCAGUGGACUGGUCACUUGCAUGCGCACAUCACUUGGUCUCACUGUAUUUGACUAUUUGCAUUGAAUUUAAGUGUCCGUGUACAAACGAAGCAAAAAUCUUUUCUCAAUUCAUUUUAUCUUGUUUCUUGUAACACCAACAUCAAAGAAAGAAUAAAGUUCAGAUUUAUACCUAAGUUUAUAUGUUGACUUUAAACUAUUUGCUCUUUACAAAUUAUAAGCACAAAAUACACCAGGAGGAUGAUACAAAACAAGAAAUUGAGCUAAUUUGGAUAUUAAAUCAUACCAUCGGUAGCUUAUUUAUAGUAUGGUGCAUUACUGGACAAAGGUUUAUUUGCAAUUCUAACAAACCUUUAACCUGAAACUCUUAACUGAGUGCCUCAUGUCAAUCAUAUCCAAGCAAAAACUAUACAUAAAUACAUUUAUUUUUUAAAGUGCAACAAAAGAGUUACAUUUUCUUGUUCCAAUCUUUUUGUGCAGUUUUUGCCUUGUUUGCUUGCCUGACAUUUAGUUGUCUUUUCAGAAAAUAAUAUGGCUGCAGACAAUAUAAUACUUCCAAAGGUGCUGCUUUAUGGAAAUCAUUGUUGAAUGGCCUAUUUCUGAAAAUUUUUGAAUAAACAUCCAUCAGGUUGUUAAGGGUCUUCGCCGCCCAAAUAACCUUCACCACGCAGUUCUGAAGCACUGAAUUACAGAACCUAAUAACUGAUGUUUGUUUUCAUUAAGCCGCUAAACAGCAAGAGAACACAGGCAAAUCACUGUAUGUUUAGAUGCCUAAUUUGGUAGCUUUUUGAAUAAGGAUUACCUGUCACUUCUUGUAUCUUAAAAAUGAUGACAAAUAGAAUAGUAACUCCAUUAAAAUUAUGUCUA